AUGGACCCACCGGAGCAAAGGGAGGUGAAGUACCGUGGCAUCCGCCGCCGUCCGUGGGGCAAAUACGCGGCGGAGAUACGAGACCCGAACCGAAACGGGGCCCGCAUAUGGCUCGGAACUUACGACACGGCCGAGGCCGCCGCCCGAGCCUACGACCGGGCGGCCUACGCCCUCCGGGGCCACCAGGCCAUCCUCAACUUCCCCAACGACGGCCAUUACCGAGACGGACCCCUGCCCGGAUUCCUCUCGGGCAGCAGCCGAGCGGGUUAUUCGGCUGCCCGCGGCGGUGGCGGGCAGCUGCACGACGAGAGGGUCAUCGAGUUCGAGUAUUUGGACGAUAAAUUGCUCGAGGAUCUUCUCGACGGUUCACAAUAG